CACCGUAAGACCUUCAGGAGCUAAACAGCACUUGUCUCAGUUUGUGUUUAAUUUGAAAUCAUGACAGUUGUUCGUGAUCUAAAGCGGAGAUUACCUAAGACAUAUGAUCACAGGAGAAAGGUGCUGUCAGAGAUCUCUACGGUUGUGUCUCAGCAUCCGUAUCUUGAGCCAGUUCUGGAGAGAUUUGUCUUUAAUGAUGGCACAGCAAAGACCUUGAUCAGUUUGACUGGAACUAUAAAGGUGUUUUUUAAUGGGAAACUGUACAAUAUUCCAGUGAGUUUGUGGCUAAAGGAAAGCUAUCCACGCACUGCCCCCAUCUGCUACCUGAAACCCACCCGUGAGAUGGCGGUUGUGCCCAGCAGACACGUCAACAGCAAUGGGGAGAUCCUGAUGCCUUACCUGGACGAGUGGAGACAUCCGCAGUGUGACUUGCUCGGCUUGAUUCAGGUCAUGAUGACCGUGUUUAGCGAGAUCCCUCCUCUGCGGAUGUGUCUCGACCCAGAAGAUUCAAGAUCUGCUCACAAAGUACAGUCAUUUGAGGACUUCUCACAUGUGACGCUGGAUAGUGAGGGUGAUCUUCCUUUCUCCGAACAUAAUGAAACCAUCUGUUAGCUUGCUGAAUAUCUUUGAAAUAUGAUUUGUAUAUAAAACUUUUGUAUAAAAAUAAUAAUAGUGAAUGUUAAAUUUGAGCAUAAAUGUCUUGUAAAUUGUAUGUAAAUACACAAGUCACAUGUGUAUGAUGCAA